UAUCAGUACUGGUAUAAUAGAUUCAUACAUUGCUUUAAGAGCCGUCAGUUGAGUAACAUGUUGCAGUUACUAUUAGUGGCGCUCCUGGCAUCAGCGGCGGUCGCCGAAGAGGCGAAGCCCGCGGAGAAGUCAGACAACGCGGUGCCUCUGGAGGCGAAGCCAUCAGAGAAUGCCGAACAGACCGUGAUGAAGGAUGCGGAGUCUACGCAUCGCGGCCGAUUGGAUCACUACGACCAAUAUGACCAUGGCGACCACAACCUUCUCUACCUCAAGGCUAAACUGGACGGGCCUGAAAGCCACCGUGAAGGUCCUAUCGUAGCUCGCAAUCUUCCCAGUGACCACGGCAAGAGCCACGCUAACAUUGCUGAGCAAGAUGAGAUCAUCAAGUUCACAUACAGCCCUGCGUAUUACGAACCUAUUUGGGCUCUGGACUACAGAUUCCUAAAGUCAGGUGGUAGGAGGUACACUCGUGGACCGGGAGGACAGGUCCUGAUUCUUCCGAGGAGCUACAAGCAUUACAAGGGGGAUGGCACCGGUGACUACGACCAACUGGUCGAGUAUUGGCGCUUGAAGUUGAUAGCCGAGCAAAACAAGAGGAUGCACCAGAACGGUCUGGGUGGACAUGGACAUGGACAUGGACAUGACCAUGGACAUCACGGACAUGAAGAAUAUGAACAUGACGUACGAAGAGAAUUGCACUGGGAAAGAGAGAAUUUGCAUCACGGGCGCGAAUAUCAUUAGCGACCAUCACAUUGUAUUCAUUUAUUACUUUGGCAAAAUGUAAUACAUAAUACAACACUGUGUCGUAUAAUAAAUAAAAAACUGGUCUCUGUACGGUGGUGUGCAGUGUUGCCAGCGCAUCGCCAUCUAUUCGGACACUACACA